UUUUCAGAAGCCGAAUGCAAAGAGAAGGCGGGAUUUCCUUUAAUCGCUCACUUUCCGGCCUCUCGAUUGAAGGACACCAGUUUAUUUGAAGAGCUCAAGUUUGCUUGAUAAAAUACAAUAAUCAUGGGUGGACACGAUGCAGGGACGCAUCAUCAGUUUACUGGCAUUGCCAAGUACUUCAAUGCAUACACCAUUACCGGCAGGAGAAAUUGUGUGUUGGCCACAUACGCCAGCAUUGGUGCCAUUAUCCUCUUCUUCAAAUUGAAGCCCAAGAAGCAGAAGGCAGUAACAUCAAGUUAAUUUAUAGACAUUUUUGUGAAUGCAGAGGGGUGCGGAAAGUUUGAUGUCCUUGUGUCAAUAUCAUCACAGUUCUAUGUAAAGAAUAAAAGAUCACUUACAGAAAACUA